UAGAAUGGGAACGAGGAACAACAGACCUCGGAGACAAUGCCCAACAAGAUCUCAGACGUCAAAAGCAUGAGCAUACUCAACCUCGCCCGGGAAGCCAAAUUCAUCUGCGAUUCAGAUUGGCAUGUACGCGUUGCUAGGGCACUCCGAGAGUCCAACCAUCUCGAGGAAGCGGAGGAUGAGUAUAACCAGGCGGAAGAGAAUGAUGCGAACAGUUGGAUCAUCAAAACUGAACUCGCGCUGACACUAGCAGCAAGGGGCAACUUGAGAGAGGCAGUCGAGAAGGCUAAGGAAGCUCUGACGCGGGAUCCUCCUCCCGAUACCCUUUCGCAGAGCAAGAUCUACCUUGAUCUGAGUGUCUGGCAACUCGCGCGCGGAAGAAAGUCCGAGGCAAUUGAGGCCGCUAAGAAUGCCUACACCCGAGAGCCGGGCAGCCUCCUGAAGACGGCGCAUUACUUUCAAACCCUGGGAAGAGCGGGGAAAUAUAGGUUGCUUAUCGAGCUCUGUCAAGAGCUCAACCGCUCUGAUUCGACACCAACCCCACUGGUACAGCUCUUGCUCGGCUGGGAAGAGGGGCACGAUCUGUUCGGCGAGGCGGCCUGGAAUAUGAAUGAGAUGCCCUUUGCUCGAAAGAUCCUGGAGGAGACAGUGGAGGCAGCGGAAAGGGAAGGGGACUUUGAGGGCGCAGCCUUCGAAGAAGACCAACGGGCUCUCUACUACCUGCGACACGAACAAGCGGACCGCAGGCCCCGGUUGAUAUGGGAGAAACUGCAUAGCAGAAUCCCAGAUAUCCAGACCAGGGAGUAUAUCGAGCAAUUGCAAUGCCGGUCCUUGUGCAACGACUACUACCGGAAAGCGGUUGAGGCGAAGUCGUCCAAAGACCAGGCUGCAUGGGUCGACAAGCUUGAGGACCUGGCAAAAGUCUCUUGGAGAGCCAAUACUGCAGCUGCCACCCCUGAGCACAGGGGCGACGCAGCGCUUAUGCUCAGUCGCUGGCGACGAUUGUAUGGAAACGAAAAACAGACAGACAAGGAGAAGAGCCUCAAAGAACUCUGCCGAUCUAAGGUGUGUCAGGGGGUCCGGAUACUUGAAGACGACGAUCCGCUCAAUGACGCGGACGGCUAUGUGAUAUUAGCAAGAGCCCUACUUUCUGCGGGGGAGGAGGAGGAGGCGUCGCAGGUGUUUGCAGCGGCGAUGCUGCCCCUAUUGAGGCGUUCACAGUCGCUGGGCAAAGGCGACACACGUAGCAGCAACGCACUAGAGGCAAUGCAGAGGGCGCCAUUGAGCCCGUUUCCCUGUCACGGCAAAUAUGGCUGCAAGGAGGAUGACUGGCUCGCGUUGUACGUUUGUCGCGUAUGUCUUGACGCAAGCUUUUGUAUCUCUUGCCUGGUCAAACAGGCCAACAGCAGGGUUUGCGACAAAUCGCACGAUAUGAUCCAAGUCUAUUUGAAAGGUCGCGACCUUAACAGCAUGCAGAAGCCUAUGGCUGCGUUUAAGGAGGGUCAACUCGAACCGGACAAGGAGUGGUUGAAGGAGUUGAAACAGCGCUGGCAGAUCACGGACGAUACCAUCGCAGCCACCUCUCUUCCUACUCCUGAGAUUGUGCGGAAAAGUCAGAUCAAGCUCAAACUCUUCUACUAGGUCAAGAAUUAUCUGCUUUUAGUGCUAUAAGGUGAUGUAUGGGAUUGGAUAAGAAGUCAAGUUGUUAUAAUACCUUGGGAAAGAACUGAGCUGUGUCUUUUGACUUUAACGAGCGGUGAAAUUGAUAGCGUUCCAGCGCAUAGGUCACGUAUUUUUGUCUUC